UGAACUGAGCGAAUGAGAGCUCGGGUUAAAUCUGUCCUAGCUGCUGUGGAGGAGAGAAGAGUGAACCCGGAGAGAGAAAGACCGAAACUUAUGGCACACCGGUACAAAGACGAAUAAAUGACUGCAGAGAACCUGCAGAUGUGUGUGUGCGCGUGCGCGCGCGCGCGCGUGUGAUGCUCCAGCUGUAGCGUUUGAACGUGGAAGUGUGGCGGUGUAGAGGAAGGUUAGAGCAGUCUUGAUGGCAGAGGUGAUGGAGGGAAGUGCAGCAGCUGCAGGAGUGGCUGUUCCCAGUGCCAGCAUGGACUGGCAGAAGAGAUGCAUCGCCCUCGAGAUGCAGCUACUCCGCUUCCGACUGCAGGCAGGGAAAAUCCGCCAGCUCCUGGCUGAAAAGAUGCAAGAACUGGAGCAGAGAGUGACGGAGGCUGACCAGCGGGCUGAGAAUGCAGAGAAACAAGUACAGAUAAUGGAAGAGAAGCUUAAAUCGGUGAACAUGCAUCCCAGUGAAUCAGAAAGCUCCUUGUACAGGCGAUACCAAGAACUGACCGGUCAGAUACAGGAGAAAGAUAUGGUAGUAAAGAAACUUGAAGCACAGCUGGAAAAACAGAAUUUGCUUCGAGCCCAAGAAGCCAAGAUUAUAGAGGAGAAAGCGGCCAAAAUCAAAGACUGGGUUACGUUUAAGUUACGGGAGAUGGAGAUGGAGAACCAGCAACUGAAGAUGACCAAUCUGAAACAGUCCGAGCAGAUCCUCCUGCUGCAGGACAAACUUCAAACUGUACUGGAGAGGCCCACAUCUCCAUGUUCUCCAGUGCCUCUAAUAGUUGAUUCUCAGCUGGUGUCCUCCAGCUCCCUUCACACUCCCUGCUACUUUGGAGCAUCCCCUGUACAGGAUGAGACCUUGAGGAUGUCAUGCAGGCCUGGGUCCAGCACUAUCAGAGAUGGUAAGAGGAAGGCACCAGAGGCUUCAGAUUCUCAGAAUGCAUCUGAACAUUUGACUCGACACAAAUUCAGCACAGAUCGAGGAGUCACUGCAACAGGAAUAAAAAUAAUGGACAGGAGGGAAAGGAUGGAGCCUUUUGCUGUUAUCGCACGGGAGCGAGGAGGAGGAGGCGCUUCAGAUAGAGACCACUCCUCUGACGAGCUCAACAGCAAGUUCCGCUUACAGCGCCUUCGCUCAUCUUCAUCUUCGUCUUCCUCUUCCUCCUCAGCCUAUGAGACUUCUGGCCCUCGUAGCUUUGACACACCCACUCCUACUCCUAAGAGUCCUCCUCCAGUGGGGGUUUCUCCAUCUCAGAUCAACCCUGCUCCUCUAGCUCUGCCUUCUGGCACCAGUAUGACUCUACCCAAGGUCCGGACCCCUCUGACACCUCGUGAUAGCAUCCAGCUCCUCAAGAAACACCACAGUCAACCCCAGCCAGGCCUGGAACGCCUCCAUCAUGUUAAUGUCACUAUAGACAUUGGAUCCUCAACAUCCCCGUACCGUUGUAGUCUGGCUCUGGGUUCUGCCUCGACACUCGGGGUAGAGGAGACAGACAUUGAUGAGGGACCUCUAGAAAGCAUGGAAGGGGUGGUCGAAGGGUUCCUAGAAGAAGUAGCACCCCAUGAUGGUGCAUCAUUUGUGGGGUUGGCAGAGGAGCUGGAGAUGCUGGAUCCAGAAGCUCUGAAACCACCUACUCCGCCUUUGCACCGUUUUCCUUCCUGGGAGAGUCGUAUCUAUGCAGUUGCAAAGUCUGGUAUGAGGGUUUCAGAAGCCAGCCCUGGAGCCAGAAAUACAGGGAGAGUGUCCACUUUCCCCCAAUACCCUGCAGCAGGUCCUUUCACACAUCUCAUCUACAAGAAUAUCAGCAUACCGGUCUACUCCACACUGAAAGGGAAAGCCACACAGAUCAGCAGCGCUCCUCUUCCUGAUGAAGACUCAGGCUCAGAGGACGACAGCAACUCACUGGCCAGCCUGCGCACCUCAACAGUGGGGACAGAGAAGAAGGGCAGUACCCCAGGCAGCCCUCGCGCUGUAAAGAGAGGAGUUUCCAUGUCCUCUAUCAGCUCGGAGAGUGAUUAUGCCAUCCCUCCAGAUGCCUACUCACUGGACAGUGACUACUCGGAGCCAGAGCAGAAAGUACAGCGUACUUCAUCCUACUCCUGUGAGAGUGUUGGACCUGAGACUCUUGAGAAAUCUGGCUACCUGCUAAAGAUGGGAAGCCAGGUCAAGGCAUGGAAAAGGCGCUGGUUCAUCUUGAGGAAUGGAGAGAUCCUGUAUUAUAAAUCACCAAGUGACGUGAUCCGGAAGCCUCAAGGCCAGAUUGAACUCAACUCUUCAUGUCGGAUAGCCCGUGGAGAGGGAGCGCAGACAUUCCAGUUAAUCACAGAGAAGAAGACAUUCUACCUAACCGCAGACUCUCCCAACAUCCUGGAGGAAUGGAUCCGAGUUCUUCAGAACAUUCUUAAAGUCCAGGCCAGUGGACCAUUCUCCACAGAGAUACAAGCCAAGCCUACAGUACGUGGCUGGCUCACUAAGGUCAAGCAUGGUCAUUCAAAGCUUGUGUGGUGCACCCUAAUCGGAAAGAUCUUCUACUACUAUCGUAACCAGGAUGACAAGUUCCCAUUAGGUCAGCUACAUGUGCGAGAGGCACGGGUUGAGGAGGUGGACAGGUCAUGUGACUCCGAUGAGGACUAUGAAGCAGGAGGACGGGGCUUCCUCUCUUCUCACUGCACGUUAGUGAUCCAUCCCAAAAACCAAAGCCCCACAUAUCUGCUCAUUGGCACCAAGCAAGAAAAGGAUACCUGGCUGUACCAUCUGACUGUAGCAGCAGGAAACUGUGCUAGCCUGAAAGUGGGCACAGAGUAUGAGCAGCUGAUUGGAAAACUGCUGGAUGUGGAUGGAGAUCCAGACUCCCCUCUGUGGAAACAUGAGGUGCUGUGCUUCAGUAAGGAGGGUUUGCGUUCCCCUCUGACCACACUGCCCUCUGAGGCACUUCAAACAGAGGCUCUCAAACUCUUUAAGUCAUGUCAGUUAUUCAUCAAUGUGCUAGUGGAGGCGCCUUCCAUAGACUAUCACACUUCUCUGGCCCAGAGUGCAUUGCAGGUGUGUCUGACACACCCUGAGCUGCAGAAUGAGAUGUAUUGUCAGCUGAUCAAACAGACCAGCCGUCGAAUGCUAAACAACUACUCUCUCACACAGUGUUGGCAGCUGUUGUCUGUGUGUGUUGCACUUUUCCUGCCCCAGCAUCACUUCCUGUGGUACCUGAGGCAGUACCUGCAGAGACACGCUGAUCCAAAGAGUGAGGUAGGAAAGUAUGCAGUGUACUGUCAGCGCUCAGUAGAGAGAGUGUUGCAGAAUGGAGAAAGGGAAGCCAAGCCUUCCCGCAUGGAGAUUGUAUCUAUUCUGUUGAGAAACCCUUACCAUCAUUCACUACCCUUCAGCAUACCUGUCCACUUCAUGAACAACACCUACCAGGUGGUGGGAUUUGAUGGCUCCACCACGGUAGAAGAGUUUGUGAACACGCUGAACCAGAGGGCAGGAAUGAGGAAGCCCCAGCUUUCUGGUUUCGCCCUCUUCACAGACGACCCCUCAGGAAAAGACCUUGAGCACUGCCUCCAGCCUGCUACCAAGAUCUGCGAUGUGAUCUCAAAGUGGGAACAGGCCCUGAAAGAACUACAACCAGGAAAGUGUGAGGGGACACGCAUUGUGCGCUUAACAUACAAAAGCAGGCUGUGUUUUCGAGCACAGGCAAAAGGAGAGACUGAGAGAGAGCGCCUCCUGCUGACAUAUCAGGUGAACGAAGAAGUUCACCAAGGCCACUUUCCAGUCAGUAAAGAGUUGGCACUGGAGGUUGCUGCCCUCAUGGCCCAGGUGGAACAUGGAGACUUGGAUCGAGCACCAGCGUCUCCUGGUGGCUCCCCACAGCCUAAGAUCCAGCAGAUUCUACUGCAAGCUCUGGAGCGCUUCUACCCCAAACGGUACAAACAGGACUGCAACAUAGAGCAACUCAGGGAGCUGGCUGAGCGGCUGGCCACUAAGUGGUCUGUCCUGCAGGGCUGCACUGCUGCUGAAUGCGUGAGGAUCUAUUUGACUGUGGCUCGCAAAUGGCCUCUGUUCGGAGCCAAGCUAUUUAGUGCUAAACCACUGCCUCCCUCUGCACUAGAGCAGACACAAGUGUGGCUUGCUGUCAGUGAAGAUGGGUUAAGCGUAUUAGAUUACAGCAUGCACCUGCUGGUCACAUAUCCGUUCCAGUCUGUGAUCACCUUUGGAGGGUGCAAAGAGGACUUCAUGGUGGUGGUCAGCCAGACUAAAGACCAGGCUUUGGGCAAGAAAACUGUGGACAAGCUCAUUUUUGCAAUGGCUAAACCAAAGAUCCUGGAGCUGACUUUACUGAUGGCCAGCUACAUCAACUGGACAUCAGGCUUUUCCGUAGCCGGAAGCCAGGCACAGUCAUCCACACUGGGAUCUCAAGACAGGAAGUUGCGGGACAUCGAUAGCAGACAUUUCCCCUCAAUGACCUACACGACCAAAGGUCCCACACUUUUAUGAGCACCCAUCAUUCCUGAUCAGACACUAUACAUAGGAGAGAAAGCUGAAGGUGAAGUCAUCCAGGUCAUCAUGGGCUGUAUGCAUUAGCCUCAGUAUGCAGGAGAGAGAAGAUAAACCAACAGAAUAUUUUUGUCAUUCAGAAUAAUAAUGAAGUACAGUUCUUUUUGGUAUAAGCUACACAUUCCUUGGAUUUCUACUUACUAUGAGCCACUCAGAGGAAGGGAUUUCAGGGUCACACAGACACUCUUAUCCUCUGCCUUUUCCAUACUGCUCCUAUGCUCUCUGCUGCAUUUACAAUGGAAAAGGCAUUUAUCCACUGCUCGAAAAGGGACAAGUCAAACCACUAACUGAACAAAGACACAAACCACGACAUUGUUAGUGUUUUUCACAAUGGUUUCCAGUCAGAGUUCUGUCACAUUUAUUUUAUUCUGUUGACUUACCAUUUUACUAACUUGCAACUACUUUUUUUUUUGUCUAUCUCUUUGUUAGAUUAGUUUUUGUUUUUAUUCCUGAUGCUAGUAGGGACCAUUUCACUUGCCACUUGUAGUUACGUUUUCAGGUACAUAAUAUCCUCUUUAUAAUGACUACACUGUUGGGAAAGUGUAGCUUUUAUGAGAGGCUGUAAUGUAAGAGAAUCUGUUUCUUAUCAGAUGUCAUGUUUCUUGGAAGAGUUAAAACAGUACAGAGAAUAUUUAUAAUACAGCUAAUGACGGCAAAGCUUUUAUUACUAGAUGACCUCAGAUAUUUCAAUACCAUUUCAGGGUAUAAAAGAAUAUUCAGUCAAUUAGCUUAAUAAAUUCCAUUGCAGGUAAGUAUUUUUUUAAAUAAAAUCAUAUUAAUAUGUAUGAGUUUUAAAGCCCUUUUCUACAACCCAAAAUCAGAAAAAGCUGGGACCGUAUGUUAAAAUUGAAAUUAAAACUGAAAACAAUGAUUUGUAAAUAAUCUUUGACCUGCAUUUCGGACAAAGCAAUACAACACAUUAUUUGAUGUUUUAUCUCAUGGAUUUAAAUUUUUUAAUUUUUCCCAAAAUAAACACAUUUCAGUUUUGAUUCUUGCAACACAUUUCAAAAACGCUGGGACCGUAAAGCAUUUAUGAUUUUACAAUGUUGCCACUCCUUCUCACAACUCUUAAAAGAAGUUUAGGGACUGAAGACACCAACUGAUGAUGUGUUUCAGGUGUUAUUUUGUCCCAUUCUUCCUGCAAACAGAUCUUAAGGUGUGCAACAGUACAGGGUCGUUAUUGUCAUAUUUUUCAUUUCAAAAUUCACCACACGUUCUCUAUUGGGGACAGAGGGGACAGACACCGUCUUCUUCCACAGCCAUGCCUUUGCAAUGUGUGCAGAAUGUGGUUUUGUAUUGUCUUGUUGAAGUAUCCUUGGAAAAGAUGGCGUCUUGAACGCAGCAUAUGUUGCUCCAAACUCUCAAUGUACUUUUCUGAAGUAAUGUUGCCAUCACAGAAGUGUAAGUUACCUUUGCCAAGGCCACUGACACAACCCCAUACCAUGACAGACCCUGACUUUUGUGGAUAUAAAAGCCCAGAGAAGUCAACAGCACUUCUGGACACAGUUAACAUAAGGCUUCCUUUUUGCACAAUAAAGUUUUAACUGGCAUUUGUGGCUAUAACUUCACACUGUUGUGCAUGAGAAAGGUUUGCCAAAGUAAUCCCAAGCCCAUGUGGUUAUAUCAUCAAGAAUGAUGAUUCUUGAUGCAGUGCCAUUUGAGAGAUCGGAGAUCACAGAUGUUCAGCUUAGGCUUGUGCCCUUGCCCUUUAUGCACUGAAAUUCCUCCAGAUUCCUUGAAUCAUUUAAUGAUAUUAUGGACCAUAGAGGGUAAAAUAUCCAAAUCCCUUUGUAUACUUCUUUGAGGAACAUUGUUUUGAACAUUUUCAAGAAUUUUCUCAUGCAUUUGUUGACAAACUGGAGAUCGUCAGCCCAUCCGUGCUUCUCCAAGACUAGGCCUUUCCUGGAUACUGAUUUUGUACCAAAUCAUUAUUACAAUCACCUGUUAACAUCGCUAGCCCUAAAUUUCCCACAUCCUAACUUUUUUGGAAUGUGUUACAGGUCUGAAAUGUACAGUAGGAAUGGAUGUAUAUUACAGUUUUUCUCCAUUGGUUUGGCUCAUUUCUUGAAAAAGAAAUUACAUUCUCAAAACUCUAAGAUCAUUUGGCAAAACAGUUUUACAGUUCAGCACAACACCAUAGCUCACUUGCAAAAGCCCGUAUCUCUCCCAAAACUGUUCACUCAUGCUUCAAAACUAAAUUCCUUUUCCAUAUAAAGAGUCAGUGCCACCAAAUCACAAAGAACCUUCUCAAUUGCUUUGGCUCAUUUCUUGAAACAGACCGGACGUUCUCAACACUCUUGGUGCUUUUGCCAAAAUAACCUGGAUGGUGGUGGCACGGUGGUGUAGUGGUUAGCGCUGUCGCCUCACAGCAAGAAGGUCCGGGUUCGAGCCCCGUGGCCGGUGAGGGCCUUUCUGUGCGGAGUUUGCAUGUUGUCCGCGUGGGUUUCCUCCGGGUGCUCUGUUUUCCCCCACAGUCCAAAGACAUGCAGGUUAGGUUAACUGGUGACUCUAAAUUGACCGUAGGUGUGAAUGUGAG